CGCGGGAGGGGGCAGCGCCUCCGCCUCUUCCCGGGGAGGACUGGCGGGAAGCGGCCAUCCCGCCCACCCGUUUGGCGGGACGCUUAAAGUGCGCUGGAGCAGCCGGGAACCCCGGAGUUCCCGCUCGGCGCCGCCAUGUCUACCCCUGCCAAGCGGCACUGCCAGAGCCCCGCCGGCUCCCUCGAAUCCAGCUUCCAGAAGCGCCUCAGGAAGAUUUCCAUCGAGGGGAACAUCGCUGCGGGCAAGUCAACGUUUGUCAGGCUGCUGGAGAAACACAGCGAUGAGUGGGAGAUCAUCCCCGAGCCCAUCGCUAAGUGGUGCAACAUCAAGACAGCCGAGGAUGAGUAUGAGGAACCUUCAACAUCUCAGAAGAGCGGAGGAAACUUACUUCAAAUGCUGUAUGACAAACCCACAAGAUGGGCUUACACAUUUCAAACUUACGCCUGCUUGAGCCGAGUAAAAGCACAACUAAAACCUCUCUCAGCCAAGCUAUAUGAAGCAGAACAUCCAGUGCAAUUUUUCGAAAGAUCAGUGUACAGUGACAGAUACGUGUUUGCUUCUAACCUGUUCGAGUCUGGAAAUAUUAAUGAAACAGAGUGGUCCAUUUAUCAGGACUGGCACACAUGGCUUUUGAAUCAGUUUCAAUCAGAUAUAGAACUGGACGGCAUGAUCUAUCUCAGAACCACACCUCAGAAAUGCAUGGAAAGGCUACAGAUGAGGGGAAGAAAAGAGGAGCAAGGAAUUGAGCUUGAGUAUUUGGAAAACCUCCACUAUAAACAUGAAACCUGGCUUCAUGAAAGGACUAUGAGAGUUGAUUUUGAGAACAUUAAGGAGAUUCCUAUUCUCGUUUUGGAUGUUAAUGAAGAUUUUAAGAAUGAUAAAAUUAAACAAGAGUACCUGAUUGAUAAAGUCAAGUCGUUCCUGACUUCUUUAGAAGAUGAACAUUAAUUUGAAUAACAAGUCCUUGAAGUUGACUCAACAAUCUGUUUAAAAAUUUACUUAAAGCAAAUGCAUUACCUGUAUAGCUUAUUUUAAAGCAAGCCUGAAAUGCAAUAACAUGAUUUGGAGUUGAUUUUUAUCCUUUUAUGAGAAGCGUGGG